AUGAAGCUCCGUAGCCCGACGUUCUGGCUGGGACUCAGCUCUUACGAGAACACCACCGACCUCGUAAUCUCCAACCGGCCUCGCCAGGUCACAGCCCAGACCUCGCGUCCAGAUGCCCAGCAACCGAGUUUGCUUGUCCUAGUCGGUCACAGGGCCAAGACGGCCGCGCUCCAGGAGCUGUUUGGCGUGAAAAGAGCCCAGCAGGCGGGUUCGCCGCCAGAACCUGCGGCGAUCCACCUACAUCUUGCUUCUCAGAGUAGCUUUUACGACAGGCCACUACUGAUAGCCGAAGGUGGAUUUCCUGAUGAGUAUUCCGAAACAUUCCCCAAAGCCUACCCGCAGGACGUGAGAAGGCGAACUCUCAUGAGGCCAACACAGCCGGAUGCGAAGGACCAUGCUGCCGACGAGCUCUUUAGCCGCCUGCUUCGCCCCUUCAGCGACGUUUUCUGCUUCUUCUCCGAUGACCUCGGUGGCCUGGAAGGGGUCGCGCGACAUCUCAUGACGUGGCUGGACCGAGGCGAUUCCUCCCAGGGUCUAGCGAGCACCCACCCGAGGAUAAUCAUCGCGACUUCAACGGUUCCCCAUGGGGCUGAGAGCGAGAGAAGGGCAAAGAUAGACCUCUUGGAGAUCCUGGAGAAAGGAGCAGGGAAGCACCCUUUGACCUUGGCUUCGCAGAUCGAGGUAGUGGCCCUCUUUCCCCACGCCCGUAUAUCUGCCACUGCCCGCCACAGAGCCCUGAAAGAACGCUUGAUGAGAAGCUCGGAUGAGUCACCGACGGACAUGACAAACUUUGCAGUGCCCCUAAUUGGGUCGAGUCUUUCCCUGGAUGCUUAUCCACCUGGUGCACACUAUGUCUUUAAAGACCUAUAUAACGGCAUGCUUCACCGGGUGUUCUCGGAUGAGGCAGUGGAUCUUGAUGGAUUUUCCACGGGGAGUGGGCUCGUCCGCCAGAUCGAGGCUCACUUCGCGGAAUGUUUCAGGGGACUUACCCGGGAGUCAAUUUCAGCUUCAGACAUGCACCUGCGCUUGCUCAAGAGCUUCAAGUCUCGCUGGCUUCAGGCUCAUAGCACCCGCGUGUGCUUGUCCUGCGGUUUGAUCACGGCUGAACUUUGUCUUAACGGAUCGACGGUAGAUCAAGCAAUCAAACGAUUCAAGAAGCUGGCCAGGCGAGUGUUCCAACGCCGUCGUGGCUUGCGGAUUCCAUUCGUCCCUUCAUUCUUGAGGGAAUGUGUUGGACGUCUUCUCGACCACUUCGCUCCUUUCUCAUCUUUCACUCGGCUCAUCAACCUGCUGAUAUGGUUAUGUGCGGAUGGUCAAUACUCCCCCAAAACUAUAGAGGAGGCUCUCCGGCUCACGCAUAAUGCCAGAGGCAUGCUUGAUAUUUCUCAUGCAAGUUCCACCGGGACACGAGUGGGCCUGCCUGUGGCCACAAUCGACAAGAAGCCUCUGGAGAGAAUAUUCACCAAUUACAACGGCGUUGGAACGAGACAGGAAGACCAAGACUAUGUAGUUAGGCCGAGAGAGGGAUUAGGAAACGUGCCUGUGUGGGAAGUCGGGAGAGCUGCUUCUGCUGCUCCUGGGUACGUAGGAAACGUCGUCUAUAUCGAAAACACUCGUUCCAUACGGACCCCAAGUUGA